AUAAACAUGCUGUACAUAUUUCUAUUAGCAAUCGCGAUACCGCUAUAUUUACUAAACAGAUACAGACGGAACAAAAGGUAUGAGGAAUUCUGGAAGCACAUUAUGGCCAUUCCAGGCCCCCAGGGCUCGCCUAUCUUGGGUACUAACAACACUUUGCACACGCCAGAAUCGUUGUUUAUUCGCGAUCGAAAGAGAGCCGUGGAAUACUACCCUAUAUUUAAAUUGUGGUCCUUGGAUGCCGCAGGUGUUUUUGUAAUGUCGCCGGAUGAUAUUGAGUUGGUGUUGAAUAACAGCAAACAUAUCAACAAAAGUUUGUUUUACAACUUCCUACAUUCUUGGUUGGGAACUGGUCUCCUAACGAGCGGAGGUAGCAAAUGGCACAGUAGAAGGAAAAUCCUAACGCCUGCAUUUCACUUCAACAUCCUGCAACAAUUCGUCGAACUCCUAAACAAAGAAACGCAAAUACUCGUGGAUAAUUUGAGCAAAUCAUGCUCCCAACCGUACGUCGACGUAGUAAAACCCAUAACGGAAUUCACUCUCUACUCCAUUGGAGAAACUUCCUUCGGAGUAUCGCUGCGCGACCACCCGGAUUGCCCCAGCUACAAGCAAGCUGUGUACGAUUUCGGCCAUUCGUUCAUCUACAAGGGCGUGCGCCCUUGGUUGUGGCUGCCCCUCAUCUACAAGCUGAGCCCAACGUACAGGAAAGACAGGCAAAUCGUCAAAACCCUCCACGCUUUCUCCACGUCGGUGAUAAACGAGAGGAAGGAGCGCUUCGCCGAGAGCUCUGACGGAAGCUACGCGGAGAGGAAGAGACUGGCUCUGCUGGAUCUGAUGCUGAAGGCCAAGCAAAACGGUGCUGAUAUCGACGAUGAAGGUAUCAGAGAGGAAGUGGAUACUUUUAUCUUCGAGGGACACGAUACGACUUCUGUUUCUAUUUGUUACACGCUCAUGGUGCUUGCAAAUGAACCAGUUAUCCAGGAAGAAAUAUACCAAGAAAUAACGUCGAUAAUAGGAAGCUCGGACGAGCCCACUUACAACGAUUUCAACGACAUGAAAUACAUGGAGCGGUGCAUUAAGGAAAGCUUGAGGUUGUAUCCAUCUGUGCCUUUGAUAGGGAGAGUAGUAGGCGAAAAUUUAAUGACGAAAAGUGGAUACACGAUACCCAAAGGCUGUAAUGUGAACAUUUCUUUCUACGACAUGCACAGACGGCCGGAGAUUUGGGAGGAUCCGGAGAAGUUCGAUCCUGAUAGAUUUUUACCGGAUAAUGUUGCUAAACGACACCCGUUUGCGUACUUGCCGUUCAGUGCUGGUAGCAGAAAUUGUAUAGGUCAACGAUUUGCUAUUCUUGAAAUAAAAGCGGUUCUUUGUGGAAUACUAAGAAACUUCAAAUUAGAACCAGUCGAUACACCAGCCGAUAUGAAAUAUAAAGUCGACCUUGUCCUCAGACCAGCCGGAGAAAUUAGAGUUAAAUUUGUACCCAGAUUAGUAAACAUUUAA